AUGGCGGAGGAUACGCGGGUAUAAAACCAUGCGUUUGUUCGCCAUCUCAUAGCAAUUAGUGCUGUAACUGAACAUUUUUUUUUCUCUUCAGGUUAUUUGCCUAAAUCUCUGCAUUGCCGUACCCUUGUUUUUUGUGGCAUAUUACAUGGUAGCUUCGUUGCUAAGUGGAGCAUUCAAGUAAGUGACCGUUUGUAAACAGCUGUGACUGUUGUAAAUUAACACUUUCCCUCGCAUUUCUCACGCUUUAUUUAUCGCUGUUGCCUUUAGACUGGACAACUGGUGUUUCUGUAAGAUUUUGAAUUAGUCCAGACUCCAAAAAAUUACGAUUUACUAGAACUGAUUUCUCGUUGGCGUUCAAUUAGGGUCCAGUUUUGACUGUUUACGUUCACCUCGGGUGUCGUCGCUAUGUGAAGGUCACUUCUUACUUCCUCUUGAAAAUAGUUUAAACGAUUAAUGGGUCAAUCGACACAUUUUUAUGGAAAAAAUUUCUCUGUACCACAGAAUUAGUGACUUCGAUGGCAAGAUGCCCUUUGAUUUCCAGAACUGUUGCAAUAUUAAAGAUGACAAAGAUGUUGGUGAGUGGAGUAGUUUAUUUUUUUCCUUUAAAUUCCCAAUUUUAAAUUUUGAAUAGCAAACACAGCAACAAGUUAUCUUCAUUUGUGUAAUGGUAUGAAUAUCCUGGGCAGUGCAGUUUCUAGUCUUCAUUUUCUGCAGUAUUUUGUAGAAAGGUUUGUCAAAAUUUUCCCUCUUCGAGUUAAAAAUAAAUUGUAAUCUACCUUGUGUCUUCGUUCUUCAGGCUCCAGUUGUUCAAAGGUUGGAUAGGGCUAUCCACUGGAUAAAACUCUAUCUGGUGGAUAAUGCUAUAUGUUUUGCAAUCACUUAUCUGCUGGAUAGUGAUUUAUCCGUUUGAUAGCAUUAUCUACCCUUAUACAACUGGGCCCAGGCAUUUAAAGCUUACAUUUGAUCUUUUGUCUUUUCAGCAACUCUGCUCUCUUUGUUACUGACAUACACCCUCACUGCAUUAAUCUUUAUCAUCUUCUUGAGAAAGAGAAUUUGGGAUUAUGCCAUUACAAUAGGAUUUGUUCAUCUUAUAUUGUCCUGUGCUGGUAAGAAUUGUUUCUAUAAAGAGGGUUUAGACACUGAUGAGAGUGAUUUCAUAGAAAACGAAUGCAUGCAUUUGAUUAAGAUUGAAAAAUAAAUUAAAAUUUUGCAUAAGGCAAAGCUGAGAAGGACAUGAAGAAUUUGGAUCUUAUUUAUGAGCCAACAAGUACAUUUAUUGGUAGGUCAAUUGCAAAAAAGAAGUCCUAAACAUUUGAAAAUCCAAAGGUAGUGCUUUCCAUUGGAUGUAGAUAUCAUAAUGGUUAACAAAAAAACAACAAAACAGUGACAAUGGUAAAGAUUUGAAAUUUUUUUUUUGUCCCAACAGUCAGUAAUGAAAUUGAUACAAGCUUUCAAAGAAAGUGUUGUAUGCUAGAUAUGCAUACUAGAUAUAUCAAGCUAUUGUGAAGUACAAUUAACUAUUCAAAUCUCAUAACAUAUCAGGAUGGGAAAGGUCAUGGAUUAUACUCCUAGCCAUGAACACACUUUAAUGCAAUUCAGAAUCUCAUACAAUUCAUGAGGCUUGAUUUCUAAAAUUUAGGAAAUUAAAUUGAAUAUGCAAGUAACAUUUGUAAAUGUAUCGAAUGAACCAUGAUUUAGUUGGACAGUUAGAUAUACAUUUUCUUUGUUAAGAUGAUUAUUAUUGAUUUCAGUCAUGCAGGCUUUCCCGACAAAUUGGGAAUGGUGGAUCGCCUUUUGUAAGUUUGAAAUAAUAACUGAGGCAUUUUAUACUUCAUAGGCUUUUUUAGUUAACAUGGUACAGGGAUAGUGACAAAAAUAAAGGGAAUUGUGGAGUUAUUAAUGUAUUACAAGAAAUUAUUGAUGGUAGCUGGUUUCUCAAAAGAGGUUGAUUGACCACAAGAUAAAUCUAAUGAUUGAAUAACUUUUCCUCUUUAAAACUACUGUGUUACCUGCAAGCAUGAGUAUUCAUAGAGAAAGAUUUUUUCAUCUUGUCAUGAGUAUGAGGCAAAGAAAACAAUAUGAGUUCCCAUGAUGAAUCAAACCUCAGACUUUACCACUGGGUCACAGAGGUUAAAGAGGUUCAUAUGUGAUAACUGUUCAGCAGACUAUCAGGAUCAACAAUGUUGAAAGCACCAGUUUUGUAAAUAGAGUUAAAGAUGGUAGAAUUUAGCUAAUGCUAAUUUGCAGCUACUUAAAAGACCAAAAAUUAUAGAAUGGAAAGUAAAUGAUAUUGAGUAACUUAUAAUUAUCACACAGCAAGUUCAUACAUUAUAAGAUGUUUAAUGUAACCCUUAUGUGUAUUGCAGUGUCUUCUGUGCUGUUCAUGGCUUUAUUUGGUGAAGUAGCUGUCAGAUGUUUCCUGAAAAAGAAAACACAGUCAGCAAGUAUCAGUCCUCAAGAAAAUGUGAUCACAUAAUAGUCCUAUAAACUGUUAAAUGUUUAAAGAUAAUUUAUUGUAGAGUUAAAUAACAUACCUUGACAAGGCAGUGAAUAUUUUUAUAGGAAGUUGAAAAGUGCUACAUUUUAUAACAAUGAAGAAGUAGCUAUUUGUAUAUAGGACCACUUUUGACAAGCUUUUAAUAAAAGGAACUAUGUUUACUUUAUGUCUUAACUUAACUUACAAUCAGUAAUAACAAGGUGACAUGGCUUGGUUGUAUUUUAGUUGUCACUGACCUCUAUUGUACUACUGCUGAGUGAUUUCAUUGUUCAGAGAACUGUUGUAUUCAGAAAAUUUGUUUUGUUACAUAAAGAUAAUAGAUUAGGAACAGGGCAUUAGGUUGAGAUUGAAAAUUAUUGCAAAGAAGCUUCGUGAACCAUUUGUAAGGGAAAUCUUGUAUCAGAAAAUAUCAGUACUUCUCACACAAAGAGGUUUGGUUUCAGCCCUUCUUAUAAAGGUUGCCUCAAAAGUACCAGUAGCUUCUGUGGUUCAUUACACCAUAUGCCUCUCAUGUUUUUUGUUGCAAGAAGUGACUAGUGGUUAUGACGAUUAGUUUCAAGGUGUUAGAUAAAGGGAUUUGUGUGGUUCCUCUUUGUUAUCCUUACUUGUGUUCCUUGCAUAUUUGAUGUACAGAAAUUGUCUUAGUAGGAUAAGGGUAGUCGAGAUCUCUUAGAUUUUGUUGAUCUGGAAACUUAAACCAGAAAUGUUAGCUGACAAAGGUAGCAAGCAAUAUUAAUUGUUUGUUGUUUUCCUUCGUCAACAAAAUGUGAGAGGAACAGAUUUUAGUUGCAUACAGCAACCAGUAUGUAGAUGCUGAGGUUGUAGGAAAGGUUUUAUUGUAAUAUUUAAGUUCUUUGAAAAAGUAUAUUUUGUUUUAAAUCCAGGAAAAGAUAAAGAUAAGAUUAAAACCAGGCAAUUCAAGAGAGUACCUUUAUCAGGCAAAUUGAUUAUCAACAAGUGAUAUUUAUUAUCAGUACUAAUUAUGUACAAUAAAAUGAUUUCAGACAUGAAUAAUUAAAUAAUAAUAAUAUUAAUUAAAAUAAAGGUCAUAGGAGAAACAAGUUUAUUAUUAAUGGUAUUGUCAUACUUCUUAAGUAAGUCUAAAAGGACA